CCCUGCACUAUCUCCGUUUAUCCUGACGUGAACAUACAAAUAAUCGUUGAGUUUCAUCACGAAUAGUGCUUUAUUGGCAACAUAACUGUACAAUAUUUGAUCAAUAUGGCAUCUAACGGCCACGAAAUAAUUGACACUCUCAUCAUCGGAGGCGGUCCCGCCGGCCAUGCCGCUGCCGUCAGCAUCGCACGCAAUGUCCAUACUGCUGUGCUUUUCGACUCGCACGAAUAUCGUAAUGGUCAUGCAAAUCACAUGCAUAUGAUUCCGACUUGGGACGGUAGAGACCCCGAAGAUUUCCGCGAAGCAGCGCGGAAGAACACAGGCGAGCGCUAUCCCCUGAUCUCCUUCGUGGACGCGAAAAUCACCAAAGCGAAGAGGCUCGAAGAUGAAACCUUUGAGAUUGAAGAUGGCGAGGGAAAAACGUGGCGUGGCAAGAGCUUGGUACUAGCGACUGGCGUGGAGGAUGUUUUGGUAGAUCCACCAGGUCUGGAUGAAUGCUGGGGAAAGAGCAUCUAUCACUGUCUGUUCUGCUUCGGCUACGAGAACCGUGGUAGUUCCUCCUCGGGCAUCCUCUGGUUCGACGACGACUUCCAGCUAGGCUUCGUUCAACACAUGGCCCGCAACGGCGCUCAACUCUCCGAUGCCGUCACCAUCUACACAAACGGCAGCACAAAGCGUGCAGAAUCCUUCGCAGCAGCAACAGUAGAAAAUGAGCCGUUCAAAGUGGACUCCCGUCGCAUCGCGAAAUUCGAGCUCGGCCCCACCGGCUCAGGCGUGCUCAUCACAUUCGAAGACGGGUCUACCCGCGCAGAAGGAUUCCUCGCGCACAAACCGAUCAUGAAACUUCGCAACACCUAUCUGGCUGAGCAGCUGGGGUUGGAAACGACGCCGACGGGUGACAUCAAAGUCAUUCCACCGUUUGGCGAGACUAGCGUACCGGGGUGCUUUGCGGCGGGAGACAAUUCUAGUACGUUCAAGAUGAUAUCGAAUGCCAUUCAUGCUGGUGCGCUGGCGGCUUCGGGGGUCGCGUCUCAUGUUCAGAGCCGGUUGUAUGGUCAGAAGGGUAUGUCUGAUGUGUUGAGAGCGGCGGCGGCAGCAAAGGAGCAGCAGAAGUAG